CCGUAGCCGUAGCAGCAGCCUCCAUAUUCGUAGAAAAGCUUUUCAUUUUUCCCAAUCCAAAUCCAAAUCCAAUCUUCUUCUUCUUCUUUCUUCUGCACAUUCCUCUAAAAACACAAUCCACUAUUUUCCAGGAAAGUUUCUUCACCCCAGCUUGAGACUCGGGUUCUCUGCUAUUUAGAUCUAAGCUCGUCGACUACUACGAGGGUAUUGCAGAAAGAUGGCGUCAAAUGAAGGGUUUUUAACAGAUGAGCAGAGGGAGAUGAUGAAAGUUGCGACCGAGAAUCAUUCAACCUCGCAAAAGCCUCACUCGUCUUUGCUCUCUGAGUAUCUCUCCAAACCAUCUGCUGCUGCUGGUGGGAAAGCUUAUGGUGGUGGCUCCAAUGCUGUGAAACAUAGAAGGUCUCAUGCUGGCAAGUCUGUCCGUGCCAAGAAAGAUGGGUGUGGUGGGAAAGGAAAUUGGGGGAAACUUAUUGACAUUGAUGCAGACUAUCAUAUUGACCGGAAUGAUCCAAACUAUGACAGUGGAGAGGAACCGUUCGAGCUUGUUGGUGCGACUGUUUCAGAUCCGUUAGAUGAUUACAAGAAAGCUGUGGCUUCCAUCAUCGACGAAUACUUUAGCACUGGCGAUGUUGAUGUGGCAGCAGCUGAUCUCAUUGAACUUGGUUCAGGUGAAUAUCACCCUUACUUCAUCAAGCGGCUUGUUUCUGUAUCAAUGGACAGACAUGACAAAGAGAAGGAGAUGGCUUCUGUGUUGCUUUCCUCUUUGUAUACUGAUGUCAUCAACCCGAACCAUAUAAGAGACGGAUUUGUCCUGCUCCUGGAGUCCGCUGAUGACUUUGUGGUGGAUAUACCUGAUGCUGUCAAUGUUCUUGCCUUGUUCCUCGCACGUGCUGUUGUUGAUGACAUACUUCCUCCAGUUUUUCUCCCUAGAGUAAGCAAGGCGCUUCCAGUAUCUUCCAAAGGAUACCAGGUAGUACAAACUGCAGAGAAGAGCUAUCUAUCAGCUGCACACCACGCCGAGCUAGUUGAGAGAAGAUGGGGUGGGAUGACUCGGACCUCUGUUGAGGAAGUGAAGAAGAAGAUUGCUGACAUUUUGAAGGAAUACAUGGAGACCGGAGACGCUUAUGAGGCGUGUCGUUGCAUCAGGGAGCUGGGCGUGUCUUUCUUUCAUCACGAGGUUGUGAAGAGGGCUUUGAUCACUGGCAUGGAGAGUGACACAGCAGAGCCACUUGCGUUGAAUCUGCUUAAGGAAGCAGCUUCGGAGAACCUGAUAAGCUCUAGUCAAAUGGUGAAAGGGUUCUACAGGUUAAGGGAAAGCCUCGAUGAUCUUGCUCUUGACAUUCCUUCAGCUAAAACCAAAUUUGAUUCGAUUGUGCCAAAGGCUGUCUCUGGCGGUUGGCUUGAUGCUUCGUUUAGUGAUCCCUCUGGUGAAAGUGGACGACAGGAGAUGGAGAAUGAGAAACUCAAGCGGUUCAAGGAAGAGGUUGUGACCAUCAUUCAUGAGUAUUUCAAUUCCGAUGACAUACCUGAGCUCAUACGCAGUCUUGAGGACUUGGGAGCACCUGAGUACAACCCAAUCUUUCUAAAGAAGCUGGUAACACUUGCUCUAGACAGGAAGAAUCGUGAGAAAGAGAUGGCAUCUACUCUUCUCUCUUCACUUCACAUUGAGCUGUUCACCACUGAAGAUGUCGCAGAUGGUUUCGUCAUGCUCCUAGAGUCUGCAGAAGACACAGCUCUUGACAUCCUGGAUGCUUCCAACGAACUUGCUCUCUUCCUAGCUAGAGCUGUGAUCGAUGAUGUUUUAUCACCUUUUAGCCUCGAGGAGAUCUCUAGCAGACUGCCACCAAACUCAAGCGGGACUGAAACCGUGAAGAUGGCUAGGUCACUUAUCUUUGCACGCCACGCAGGGGAGAGGCUUCUGCGUUGCUGGGGAGGUGGAACAGGAUGGGCAGUGGAAGACGCUAAAGACAAGAUCUUGAAUCUUCUAGAGGAAUAUGAAAGCUCAGGGCUCGUAUCAGAAGCUUGCAAAUGCAUCCGUGAGCUAGGCAUGCCUUUCUUCAACCACGAGGUGGUGAAAAAGGCGCUGGUCAUGGCCAUGGAGAAGAAGAAGGACAAGAUUGUGCUUGAGCUUCUCCAGGAGAGUUUCGGUGAAGGGCUCAUAACCACAAACCAGAUGACCAAAGGGUUUACUAGAGUCAAAGACGGGCUUGAAGAUCUUGCCUUGGACAUCCCAAACGCAAAGGAGAAGUUCAGUGAGUAUGUGGAGCAUGCAAAGAAGAGUGGUUGGGUCUCCUCCUCGUUUGUAACUUCACUUACCGAAGAUGCUAAGCUAGCCUAAACCAAUGUACAAGUUUGUUGAGCAUCAUCCCUUUUGUUGUUUCUUUGCACUUUUAUGCUUUGAGAAUUCUACAAGGGAGAGAGCUAUAAUCUUUUCACGGAUGAUUAAAAACGUUUGUUUCUUCAGGGACCAGUUUUUAAAAAUAAAGAACUUUUGGGGCUA